AUGGCGUGCUUCAGCGCUGCUAUGGUUGGACCGGGAGGUCCCGCACGCGAUGACGAGAGAAAAAUUCAAUGGGAUCCACUUCAUUCUCUGGCACGGGUAUUCGCUGUCAUUGAAUCUACCGUUCUGCAGGGUCCCAGUGCAGGCGAAAUAAGCCUUCCUGAUGAACUCAUUCGAUGUCCUAACCUUGGAACAUUGAAAUUUUCGAAGAUCUGA